CGGCGGCGCCCGCGUUCCGCCAAUCGCGGCGCCGCUCGCGCGCGGGCCGAGCGGCUGCGCCGGUCGUGCGGCGGGCGCGCUCGCCAUGGGCACGGUGCCGUCGGCGCUGAAGCAGUGCCUGAGCCACCAGCACCUCCUCAGGGAGCCGCUCUGGAUCGGGGAGCCGCCCGCGGCCGCGCACGCCGCGCAGGAACCUCAAGCAUCUGGACUACCUGAGUACAUAAAGAUUGUAGAAGUUGGGCCAAGGGAUGGAUUACAAAAUGAAAAGGUGAUAGUCCCAACUGAUAUAAAAAUUGAGUUAAUCAACCGGCUUUCCAAAACAGGCCUGCCUGUAGUAGAAGUGACCAGUUUUGUUUCAUCCAAAUGGGUGCCUCAGAUGGCAGAUCACAAAGAAGUAAUGAGGGGCAUUGAGCGGCAUCCUGGAGUCCAGUAUCCGGUUCUCACGCCUAAUCUUCAAGGUUUUCAUUCUGCUAUUGCAGCAGGAGCUACAGAAGUCUCAGUAUUUGGCGCAGCAUCUGAAUCUUUUAGCAAAAUGAAUAUUAAUUGUUCAAUUGAAGAAAGCAUAGAAAAGUUUGAAGAAGUUGCUAAAUCUGCAAGGAAUAUGAAUAUUCCAGUGCGUGGGUAUGUGUCAUGUGCGCUGGGAUGCCCAUAUGAAGGAAACAUCACACCAGCUAAAGUGGCAGAAGUAUCUAAGCACCUGUACAGUAUGGGCUGUUAUGAAAUCUCUCUGGGAGAUACAAUUGGUGUGGGGACUCCUGGAAGUAUGAAAAAAAUGUUGGAAGCUGUUAUGAAAGAAAUUCCUCUGAGCGCUCUUGCUGUUCACUGUCAUGACACGUAUGGCCAGGCGUUAGCCAAUAUCCUCACAGCCAUACAGAUGGGAGUUUCUGUAGUGGAUUCAUCUGUUUCAGGACUUGGUGGUUGUCCCUAUGCAAAAGGUGCUACUGGAAAUGUAGCCACAGAGGAUGUGAUAUACAUGCUUAAUGGUCUGGGAAUCAAUACAGGAGUAAAUCUUUAUGGAGUGAUGGAAGCUGGAAAUUUCAUCUGCACAGCUUUGAACAAGAAAACAAACUCAAAGGUUGCACAAGCUUCCUUCAAUACUGGGACUGUCAAUUAAAUGGAUUUUUUUUUUUGCAGCUUGAUCACAUUUUUCAUCUACUUUGACCAAGGACAUUUGUAUCAGGAAAGCAAACAUAAGAAAACCACUUCAGCAAAGAACAAAAUAGAAUAUAUAAUUUUUUUAUUAUGGGAAGAAUUAUUGUACUGUACUGUCUUGUUAAGAAUUGUCUGAUUUGUAAGUAAGAAAUAAAUGACUGUGGUAGAGAACCACAUGCUUGGUUCUUCUACAAAGGAAAAAAAAUGAAUUUUUAGUUCUUUUCAGGAAAACUGGAUAGAAACAGUGAAUACAUUGUUAAUUUUUAAUCAAGAUGACUUUCAGAACAGUACAAAUAUUUGCAGUAGUUUAUGAGAUCCCAUGCUGUGUGUGGCCAUUCUAUUGUGUUUUAUUUAUCUGAAUCUUUACUUUUCAUUUGUCAAGUUACUUGUGUUAUGAACAUGGAGACAAAUCUGAAUUCACCAUAAGAAUUUUUUAGCAACAGAACAUUUUUAAUUUUGUUUUGUUUAACAUCUGUGAAAUUAUAGAUAACUUUAGUUUGUUCCAAGACAUUGUGGUGAGUGGCAGUCUGCCAGAUCCUUCAAAUAUAAUGCAAAUUUUCUUAUUUGUUAUGUAUGUUAAAUUUGUUGUAGUUGCCUUUUCUCGUCAAAUUAUUAAAACCUAAUUAUAUGAAGCAAACAAAAA